UUUGUUAAUUGUCACAUUGAAUUUGACAGAUUUGACACCUUGAUAUUUUUAAACGAACUUUAAGCAUAUAUAAACUUUCUGCAAUAUGUCCGACGAAAGUAUUUCUCAUAAAGAAGAUAAGGAAAAUUUACUAUACAUCGCAAGGAAAAUACAUUUAGAAGAAUUCACUAUUAGUGAAGACCAUUCAUAUUUCAGAGAUUCAGUAGAUAAGGAAAGGGAUGCCUUUAUUACUCAACUGGGUUCAGAAGCAAGUUUAAUAACAAGAACUGCAGAAGAGCAAGGUCCUAAAGUUUUUAGAGACCCAGAAAUACUCAACAAAACUCGACCAUUUGAUUUACAAUGGUCAUUUGGUGUGAACACGAAGGUAUCCAUUAGGAAUUUGACAACGUGGAAUAGAAAACAAAUAUUUUUCGCUAGUUCACAUUUCCCAAUUUUAUAUGACUAUUGCACGAAAGAGAUGAUUCAUCUUGAAGGACAU